CAAGGAAAAAUGAUAUUCAAAUAUGUAUAUGAUAUAUGGUGUAGGAUAUAGGAAUUUGGUUUGUAUUGAAAAUCUGUAUAAUAUUCAAAUGAUCUAUUUUGAAUAUUGAUACAUAUAUUUAAGAAAAUAAUAUUUUCAUGUUUCUUAAUUUUAUAGUUCAUAAUAUAUUUAUAUUUAUAUUAAAUUUAAAGUUAGUAUAUCUUUUAAAUAUACUCUCUAUGUUCUGAAAUGUAAGAUGUUUAGAAUACUUUUUAUGUUUCAAUAUAUAAGAUGUUCUCAUAUUUCUAGGUAACUUUAAGUUUAUCAAAAACUAUGUAGCGAAUCAAAUUUAAUAGUUUUAUUUUGUAAUUGGUUGAGUAGUUUUUAGUUUAUAAUUUUAAUGAUACUUUCUAGGUAAAAAGUAAUUUUUUUAAUAAGUGUGUACUACCCAAAACAUCUUACAUUUCAGAACAGAGAGUAUAUAUUUAGGAUCAUUGUUUAUAGAUCUAUUUAAGUGUAUCUGUAGGCCAAAACCAAAAGACUUAAAUGCCAUUAAUGAAUUUUAUUAAUCUCUUGUAAAAAUAAGGGUAUUUUUGGGAAAACUGUAAUUUUCAUUAAGGGUAUAAUUUGGGAAUGAGCAUCUUUUAAUGGUAUUUAUAUUAAUUUAAAAACUUAUAACAUAUUAUUGUCUUUAACAUUUUAAGAAGAAUAUAAUAAAAAACCAAUCAAAUGAAAAAAAUAUUUUUUUCCAAUUGGCUAAAUUGAUCUAGAACUAUGUUUGUAUACGUACGGAUCUAAUGGUGAACUAAAUAAUUAAGAGCAAGAGCCAAGACAGCCUACCUCAUAGUGUAACAUCGUUUUUAGCUUUGUACCUUAUAAGUGUUGACCAAAUUUUGUGUGUGUGUGUGUGUGUGUGUCCGUGUGGAAGUUAAUUUAGCCCCAUAAUCAUAUGAUACUGAUUUGUAGCCAAAUGUAUCCUCAUGUACGUCCAUGUACUUCUCCAUCACCAGGUGCCAUGUCCUCGAGAUUCAGAUAUGGAAUCAAUGAUCAAAAAGACUAUCAUCCUACCUACCCAAACAAUUAUUUUUGGGUGAACAGUCGUCAUAUAUAUAUAUGAUUCUAAAAGGUUCUAUAAAACAAGCACAAAUGUGAAAAACAGACAUACCUAACUAGAUUGCUAUUCCAUAUCUUAUUUUGUGUUUUAGUUUAUAUAUCAUUAUUGUUAGUUACUAUCUAAAUCAAUAAUUGUAUAAUUACGAUUUUCUGCUAGUGUUCCAAAAUAGUUGCAUGUAAUCUGAGAUAGCAUUAGUAUAUAUGUCAAAGAGCAUAUAUAUCCAAUAUUGCAGAUUGAUAAACAUAAUUCUGAGAUAUACGAAUAUGUUAAAAUUUAAAAGGACGGUUGGGCUAUCAGCCUGAUCAAAUUUAAGUGGAUUCGCACAAAAGCCCCUUUAAUAGAAGAGAUACGUCUCCCCAAAAAGGUUGUAUUUGUAAUGGACCAAAUGAUAUACAGCAGCAACAAAAUAUAAUUUUGUAGCCCAAAUAUUUCUUAUAGAAUUGUUGAAAAGUAAUGGCACUAGCUUCAUUUAGUUCUUUUAAAUAUUUGCAACAAUAAUAUUCAAAUAUCGUUUCCUUAAAUUGAUCAACUAAAUUUAUGAUUAAAAAAGUUUUUUAAAAUAACAGAAACUAUUUAACUUUUUAACAUAUGUAUUCAAAGUAAAUGCAUAAAAAGAAAAUGCUAAAGAAGAGUUGAGCUAAAAAAGUCGGUUGAAACUUGAAACUGAGCAAAUAAUAGUGAGACAAGACAAGUCCUAGUAAAUGCCAAGACAUUGCAGCUCUGCAAUACUUCAUAUAUCCAUGAACGUUUGAAACAUGUGGUCAUGUUGUAACUACCUUAAUUUGUAACCCAUGAAAAGAUAUUCUUCUACUUUGAAAUCAUCAAGAAAAGAAAUCCAGACAACCUUAAUUUGUAAAGUUUUCGAAACUUGAAAACCCCCAAAGAAAGUGAAGAGUAGAGAAACAUAAAGUGUGGUCGAAAUCAUAUUGUAAUACUCAAGCUGUCUCUUCUCAGAAAGAUGCGUGGCUAAAAUAUCAUCAUCUCACCAUGCAUUAAUUUGCUUGUACGGUUUAUUUUGAAGUAUUUCUGUCACACUUUUAAAUAGCAUCUGCUCGUUUACCAAUGCAAUACAGUAAUAAAGUUACAUAGCUUUCUUUUGAUAGCUCCCUCAGGUUAAAGAAAAGCUCAAGAACCAAAAUAACAUAAGAUAUAUACAUAUUGGAUUUUUUGUCCGUGCAAAGAAUCUUGUUCUUGUUCUUUCUUCUUUUGUCAGUCCAUUUUCACAUGCCACUUGUCUUUAUACGUUAGAGGUAAUAACAAAACAAGAAGACAGGCUUUGUCUUAAUGGAAAUGGGUAGAAAAUGGUCCAGUGGAGGCAGAUCCAGGAGCAAAUCCAGUGAAGCUAAUGGCUGUAUCUCUGCUCUUUACCACUUUUUUCAUUCUCACCAUUUUUACUUUCCUUCACGUCAUCAUCACCACCAACCAAGUUUUGAUUCUCCUUCUAGAUAUCCAAAAGGCUUGGUUGCGCCACGAAACAGCUUGGAGUUAACAGAGGAGUCUUCACUAUCAACAAAUUACAAGGAAAAAGAUAGCUUAAACAUCUCUGUUGGCGGGAAAAGGUCAAACCUUAGAGCUCUUAUUUUUGAUAGAUCCUCUGAUAACUGCAACUCACCUAGCGCCAAGUCACCAAACCUGGUGGCUAGACUCAUGGGUCUUGAUCUUCUUCCUGAUAACUUGGACCUUAAUAUAUCAUCAAGGAAAAGUGUAAGAGGACAUAGACACUCUGAGAGCGGGUCAGGGACAAGAUCUUUGCCUGAGAGCCCCAGGGUGUCUUCUGCUCGUAAAUCAGAUUCUGACGUUCGUCGCCUCUCUCUUCAGCUAAACAGAGAGAAUAAGCAUGAAGACUCUGUGUGUCGGAGGCUGAAAGAUGAGGAAAAUCAAAGUCCGGGAAAUAAUGAGAGGGUCAUCACUAGAAGACUUGGUAUGGAUAUAACAAACUUGCUUGAGAACAGAAGGGUAAGACAAGGACAAGACCAGAUUAAGCAUAGGAAAGUGAGAAGCAUGUCUUCACGGAAAGAGAACACACUGAGCUCCAGUCCCACAUUUGUGUUCAAACAAGAUAACAUCUCUCGACAACAAACAAAAACGUUGACCCUUUCAAAAGAUUCCAAGAAAAACCUCAAAAGCGUAGAUGAACAGCCGCUAAGACCUACCAACGUAUGCAAGAAAGUGUGUAGUAAAUCAAAGUUCUCUCCUCAUUCAACACCCAAUAACCAACACAAGCGGAGACAAGUCAUCUCUACAUCAAGAUGUGAUCAUUUACACAAGAAAGAAUGCAAGCAAAUCCCAAACUCAUCAGCUGUCUCUGCCUCAGAACGUCCUCGGAAACAGAUGGAAAGAGCGGAAGGACCGGAACAGAAAGAAGAUGGGACGAUAUGCUUCGGUCAGAUGUAUAACUACGAGGAGAAGCUUCCUCAAGAACUUCUAAGUUCCAGUUCUUCCCAUUCAACCACCAUUUCUGCCACCUUCUCCAACGUAGGAAGAACCAAAAUCUAUUUUGAAUAUCUUACGGGGAUGAAAAAGCUUGAAAAAGAAGAGGAAAGGGUGGUCGCAGAGGUUGAGCGGCAUAUUGUAGACGCACUCGUGCUAGAAACGGUAAAAUUGGCUUGCGUUUGAGUGGAUAAAACGAGGCGUUUUAGUAAUAACGAAAGUUGUGGCCUUGUGGGAACGUGAUGAGGGCUAUUCUAAAGUAGCGUCUGCGUUUUGUUCUUAAGCGACUAUUACUAACGAGAGACUCAACGCAUAACAUGACAGUGUGCGUUUUGCAUCUCGCUUUGCCAUCGCUGUUACUAAUUGUCGAAACAAUCAUCUGAAUUUCCAAGAAUAAAUAGCGCUUUAUCUGUUUAAAUCUCAUGAACAAAUUCCAUACUCUUUUUUUCUAAAUAUAUUAUAGAGAAAAAGACCAAAAUAGCACUAAAUCAAGUUUUUGUUCCCAAACUAGCACUCAAGCCCAAAAGUCACAAAAAUAGCAUUCAAGGGGUGGGGUUUAGGGUUUAGAAUUUAGGGUUUAGGGUUUAGAGUUUAGGUUUUAGGGUUUAGAGUUGAGAAGUGAGGUUUUGGGGAUUAGAUUUCAAAUUUUAAAAAAUAAAAAAAUUUAAAUUUUUCAAAAGAUAAAAUGCUAUUUUGGUCGUUUUAGUUUUUGAGUGCUAUUAUUGUGAUAUAAACUUAGAAAGGUACUAUUUUGGAGAUUUGCCCUAUAUUAUAUAUCCUUUUGCGGUUAUAUCCUUUUUUUGUUGAAAGUUUGCGGUUAUAUCCUUUUUUUAAAAAAAAAGUACGCCAUUUAGUAUAAACUAGGAUUAGACCCGCGCCUUGCGCGGGGUGAGAUUUUUUAAAAUUUUUUAAAAAUUAGGUUAUAAGAUGAAUAUUACUGAUAUGUGGUGGGGUUUUUAUUAAGAGAUAUAGGAUUUUUGUUUUUUCGUUAUAUAAGUAUUUAUAGAUAUUGGAAGAUUAAAUUGUAUUUACAGUCAAUGAUCUUUCUAUAAAUAUUUUUGCUUAUUACCGAGUAUGUGAUAUAUUUUUAGUAAGACAAAUAAAAUAGCAUACCAUUUUUUUGGUAACUAAUCUUAUUAAAAGAUUUAUAUUUGAUUAUUGUAAAGACUUUAACACAACUUAAUAGAACUUGGAAUUAAAAAAAAUAUUUCUCACAACAUUUAUGUAAAUUAUAUUGUCGUAACAUAUAUAACAUAAUAGAUGAGUUGAAUAAUUAUAAUGGGCCAUAAUAAUAAACAAAUAAAUUGAAAGGCCCGAUUAUAUUUGUUCCUUAAUUAUGAUUGUCCAAUAUUUGAGGGGAAAAGCAAGUCAUUGUCUUAACACAAAUUGCAGAUAUAUUGUUUCCCAAAUUUUUUUAAUUUUUCCCAUAUUUGCCGUUCCCGAAUCGACUGUUUCGUUUAUCACCGUCACAGACGAUUCCAAAGCGAUCUUCUGAUUUAUCUCUCUGUGCAAUACGUAUUCCCGUUCCAAACCUAAUCAAUAACAGCAAUCGAAGGUUACUGGUCUUCCACAGAGUAAACAAUCGAUUCAGAAAAUGAGAAGCUAUAAGGUUAGUCAAGUUGAUAAUAUUUUGAGAUCUGUAAAAUCAAUUAUCAAUUGCAGGGAGUUUCAUUUGUUUCGGUAUUUAUUUUUCAAUCGGGUCUCGAAUAUAGGUUGAAAUCUGACAUAGCUUUCACAGAAAACCUAAAUCCAUCGUUUACCUAUAUGAUUUCAACAAAUCUAAAUUCUAUUUAGGAGUAUCUAUUUGAAUUCAAAUGCUUGAUAAAAAUGUUAAAAUUUAAUGAUUGUUUGCUUGAUUGAAAUAGAAUUUUUAUGAUUAGUAUUAAAAAUUCUUUGCUUGAUAUGAGUAUACUUAAACAAUCAAGCAAAGCAAAACUUUGUGAAUUAUCCUUAAAUGUAUUUGAGUUGACGAUAUAUUUUAGUUUAUAUUGAAUAAGAGUUUCACAUUGCAGAGAAAGAUUGAAGAGGUGGGAACUAAGGGUGUUUUUUCAGACAAUAGGACGUCUACUAAUAAGGUUAGCAUCAACUGUAUUGACACAAUAGUGAGAUAAUUAAUUAUACGACCCAGUAAAGGACGCACUUGUGAAAAAUUAACUAUCAUUUAGCAUUGUAAAAAUAGAGAUCAAAAUAAAUUUAUCUUAUGUUAUAAAACCCAGGAACAUUAUAAAGCAAAAUCAAAAACUGAAAGAAAAAAACUGAAAACGAUAAAAUGUAACACCAAACGUCCUCCUCAUUAUCCCUUCGAAUGCUUGUUGCAAGACAUCAAUAAGCAUUUGGUGGAAUCCUGUUAAAAAAAGGACAAUUUUUUUUAACAAACAGUAGAGAUCUUUAAUGAUAUGAACAAAAUCGUGUUUUGUAAAGAUAUUAAUGCUCUUACAGCUGACGAAAAGCUAUAAUCUCCGGAAUAUUGGGUUCGAAUUCAAUCCUCGAACAUCCUUCAAUGUUCGUGAUGAAUGUGAAUCGACCUAAUGAAACAUAAAAAAAAUAUUUUGGUAAACACGUAUAAUUUAAGAACCAAUUUUACAGCGUAUAAAUUAAGUAUAAAUUUAACAGGUUUAAAACAAAAUUUAUACCUUGGAGCCUUUCGAUUUGCCAAAAACUCAAGACACACAAAACAACAUUUGCUCUUGUAUAAUUCCAGUAAGCAUCAAUCUCAACAGCGUUCCUUCCAUAUGCAACACAGUUUAGAUGUUUAUACCUGUAAUGUUAAGAGUCAUAUCAUCUUAGGAAAAUAGUAAAUGUAUUGUGUCAUAAACAAUGGAUUAAAGUAACACUUGAACUCACCCAGGAUUGACCAAGCUAAAACGCAUUUUUGGUAUCAUUGGCCCUCCAGGGGCUCCAACAUGUUCUAGAUCACCAACACUCACCAUAGCUCCGUAGACGUCUAUUGAAUAGAGUAAACAUAAGUGAUAUGGGAUAACACAAUGUAAAACAUAAAUAUACAUAUGAAAGUGUCAAAGAAAUAUUAUUAACAUAAGGAAAUUUGACGUUUAAACUUUUAAAAACAACAUACCUACAGAGUACAUAGGAUGUGCAAGGCCUCUCAAUAUGGUUUUAAAUUCUUUAAAACCAUAAUAGUUGCAAUCAGUUCUUGCUGGGACGUUAUUAAUAAUAGUAUUCUCACCAGUAAAUACAUGGAAGCGGUUUGUAGUAACCCUAAACCGGCGGAAAUUAUACAUUAGUUUGAAACCAUGGAUCUCAUACCAUUCUCCUUCAAACAUGAUGCAUUCAUUUCUGAUCAUUAUUUCAUCGACAAUAGUUCCUAGAACCGUGUUACCCUGUAUGCAAACAUAAAAUUAACAGUUAGAAAAACGACCAAAAAAAAUAAUACAGUAUAAACGGUAAUAAUAUCAAUCAUACUUUUUCAUCACCCAUUAGCAUUUGAGUUUCCCCACGGAUUAUUGCAGAACCAUCCUUCCAUUUACUGAUUACCUUCACUCUGACUACAGGAUUUUUGAGGGGGAGCUCAAAUUCAGAGAAAAACAUGAUAGAGCUCAUGAGGAAAUUGCUUAAAUAAAGAAGCAGGAAGUUUUGAUAUAAAGUCAAGCGAAGGAGCAACUUCACACCUUGAGUUCACCAUGCAUCCAACGUACAUGAAAAUUAUUAGGUGAGUUUCUCAUAAUGUCAAUAGAAUUAAUCCAUGUAGAUUGCUGUUCAAGUAUAGAUAAUGAAAAGUAAUUUCGUCGUUUCUUUUUCGUAUAGCUUCGCCAGGUUGCUGGAUAACUUUAGAAUGAUAAUCUCGCACACUUCCUUAGUCACUGCCGUAAUAUUGGUUCUUCCCUAUUGAAAAUACAUUAAACCAAUCCUAUAUUAUUGCCACGAUAAGAACAGUUAUAUUUAUACACAAAUUAUACAAAAACUUACAUAUGCUUCUCGUAGUAGUUCCAAUCUUCAGAAAACACCAAAGAACAAUACCAUAUUUUCUGCAUAUUAUAGAUAACCACAUUGAUAAGUUUUGAAUUUAUUCAAUCCGAAAGAGUAUUAGGCAAAUAACGAAUAGGUACCUGGAUUCUUGAAGGUAUUGUAACUUCACAUUUCCUUGUCGAAAAGGUUUUGAAAAACCUCCUUGUACACAACAUUCAUCGUCGACAAUUGAUGAUUUCCAUCUUUGUCGGUAAUAAGAAUCUUUAACCCCCUCCUCGACUUGACCCGAGAAACAGCAACAUACAAUUGUCCAUGAGAGAAGACUGGUUUAGGAAGAUACAACCCAACAUUGCCUAAUGUUUGCCCUUGGCUCUUGUUAAUUGUCAUUGCAAAUGCGACUUUAAGAGGAAACUGCCUCCGCCUCAUUUUAAAUGGAAGGCUUGCAUCUGAAGGUUCAAUCAGAAGACGAUGUAAGAAGACCUUCUCUCCAACUCUAGUGCCCGUGAUGAAUUUAGCUGCGAUUAUAUGGAUUCCAAGUUGUGUUAUCUGGAGCCUAGUGCCGUUACAUAAACCUUCCGUAGGAUCUAUGUUCCUUAAAAUCAUAACCGGUGUACCAAUUCUUAGUCUUAGAGCAUGAUUAGGCAGUCCGGAAACUUUAAUGCUAUUCAAAAAUUCAGGGGAGAAGACGGAAUCAUCUUUCGAAUUCAAAUCAGAGGGAUCAAUGCUGUCUGAGCUUAAGUAAAUUCUUUCCUCACCUAAGAAAAAACGAAAAAAUAUGAAUAACAUGACAAAUUAAAUAACAUUAAACUAACAUGGGAAAAUACCUUUUAGACGAUCAAGCAUAUAGUCGUUAAUUACUUCUACAUCUGCGUUGGUGGGACAUAAGAUAGCUCGCUCUUGGAAGAAAACUGGAUCUUUCGAGUCUUCGAACGUGUUCCCAUAAACUUCAGAAACAAUAGCUGCAAUUGGUUCUUUGCAUUCCUUUAUCAACAAAUCUUUUGGAAUUUCUAUCAUUGUUUCCCCAGUAUUUGGUUCAUUGAUCUUCCCAUUUCCUAAAUCCAGUAUCCAUUUCGAGAAGGUCUUUAUCUCUUCAGCCUGCUGCGGAUCAGUUUCAGCCAUUAACCUCAUGUUUUUCGUUAGUUCCAAUACCUUACAAUGCUUCCAUAAAUAGGAAGAAUUAAGAGUUGCCAAAACAAUGUCAGGUCUAGAUCCUCUCGGAAUUACGGGUAAAAUCUGUCGAAAAUCGCCUCCGAAAACCACAACUUUACCACCGAAUGGUGUUCCCUCCGGACUCUUCAUAAUAUCAGCCAUUGUUUUAUCAAGAGCUUCGAAGCAAUGCUUACUCAUCAUAGGUGCUUCAUCCCAUAUAAUCAGAGAUGCUCUAGCUAUCAGUUCUGCCUGAUUACUACCUGGUUGUAUCUUGCAAGUCGAGAACUCAUCUGGAUUGAUCGGUAUGCCAAAUCUUGAAUGCGCAGUUCUUCCACCAGGCAGUAAAAGUGAUGCUAUACCACUUGAUGCGACAUUCAGAACAAUUUCACCUCGUGAUCGAAUAGCAGCUGAUAAGAUAUUCCACAAAAAAGUUUUUCCUGUCCCUCCAAAGCCGUAGACAAAAAAAACACCGCCUUGUCUGUUAAGCACAGCACCAAUUAUCUGAUCAUAGAUUGACCUUUGCUCAUCUGUCAAUUUCACAAUCCAUUCAUCAUGCUGUGAACGCAAUUCAGCUUUCGGAUAGUUAAGCUCUUCUUGUAUCAGAAGAUUUUCCGUGAAUGAUUGUGAGCUCUCGGCUGGUUUUGGCAUUGUAUCCCAAUUAUUCAGCGAACUGUUUUUGGUACGUAGUAUGUUUUCGAUCAAAACUAACGUACAGUUUAAGAUCUCUUCCUCACUCAAAAUGAGCCCUACAACA